AUCUCUGCUUUACUUAUUGGCCUGAUCCUGCCUCUGGGUUUGUGUGAGCUCAACUCAGCUCUGAAAAAAGGGGUUGUGCUUACAGAGGAUAGGUCUGGUGCUGGGGUCAGCACUAAGGCCUUAUCUGUCAAAUGUAAACUCCAGGGUACCACUCGUCUACCUGCAUUCUCAAUGGAUGGUGACUACAUUAUCGGGGGUAUUUUCUCUAUACACUACUACAUGCACACAGUGAAGCACAACUAUACCACCAUGCCUGAGCCACCAAGGUGCACAGGGAGCAUGGACUCUCGUGAACUGCGCUUCUCGCGCGCCAUGGUCUUCGCCAUCGAGGAGAUUAACAACAGCACAGAGCUGCUGCCAGGCAUCACACUCGGUUAUGAGAUCCACGACUCGUGCGCCUCAGUGCCCGUGGCGGUCCAAGUGGCAUCCCAGUUUUCAAAUGGGCUGGAUCCGGUGUUUUACACCGGCGACAACUGCUCGCAAGCAGGCAUGGUGAUGGCCAUGGUCGGUGAGUCUGGAUCAACGCCAUCAAUCAGCAUGUCGCGCAUCCUCGGGUCCUUUAAUAUUGCUCAGGUGAGCCACUUUGCCACUUGUGCAUGCCUGUCUGAUAAGCAGCAGUACCCGAAUUUCUUCAGAACAAUCCCCAGUGACCAGUUCCAGGCUGACGCGCUGGCCAAGCUGGUGAAACACUUUGGCUGGACUUGGAUAGGUGCUGUCCAUUCAGAUUCAGACUAUGGCAAUAACGGCAUGGCGUCUUUCCUGCAGGCGGCGCAGAAGGAGGGGAUCUGUGUGGAAUACUCUGAAUCUUUCUAUCGGACCCACCCACGUAGCAGGAUCCAGAGAGUAGCAGACGUUAUCCGCAGAUCGACAGCUGUGGUUGUUGUGGCAUUUGUAGCCUCUGGAGACAUGAGGAUCCUGCUACAGGAGCUGUCACACAAACCUCCUCCACCUCGCCAGUGGAUAGGCAGUGAGUCCUGGGUAACUGACCCAGAUAUGCUGAGGUUCAACUUCUGUGCCGGAGCCAUUGGAUUCGGCAUUGAGCAAUCUGUCAUCCCAGGUCUAAGAGAAUUCUUGCUGGAUCUCUCGCCUACAGAAGUAGCUGCCUCUCCAUUGCUUACUGAGUUCUGGGAGGAUGCAUUCAACUGCAGGCUGGGAAAAAGUGCAGCUAUAGAUGAGAGAGUGUGUGAUGGAAGUGAAGACAUACAGACGCUGCAGCGCCCGUACACUGACACAUCUCAGCUCCGUGUCACUAACAUGGCGUACAAGGCUGUUUAUGCAAUAGCUCAUGCCAUUCAUAAUGAAGUGUGUCAGGACACACAUUCUACAGCUCAGUGUGAUAAAUUCACCAGGAUAGAGUCAAAACAAGUUCUUACUCAACUUAAGAAACUGAAUUUUACCAAAAAUGGUUAUGAUGUGUCAUUUGAUGCCAACGGGGAUCCUGUGGCCAGAUAUGAGCUGGUUAACUGGCAAAAAAGUGAGAGUGGCAGCAUUGAGAUGGUGACAGUAGGGCACUAUGAUGCAUCACUGCCAGACGGCCAGGAGUUUCACAUCAACAGGAACCUCACCUGGGUGGAUAGUGACACACAAGUGCCUGUGUCAGUGUGCAGUGACAGCUGUCCUCCAGGAACUCGUAAAGUGCUGCAAAAAGGGAAACCCAUCUGCUGUUAUGAUUGUAUACCAUGUCCUGACGGAAAAAUCAGCAAUAAUACAGAUUCCCCUGAUUGUUUCUCUUGCCCAAAAGAGUUCUGGCCUAAUACAGAGAGAGACACUUGUCUCCCCAAGCCCGUGGAGUUUCUUUCUUUUGAUGAGGUCCUAGGAAUCAUCCUGGCAGCAUUUUCAGUUGGUGGUGCCUGUCUUGCCAUCAUAACAGCGGCUGUGUUCUUUCGUCACAGAUCAUCCCCCAUUGUCAGGGCCAACAACUCUGAGCUGAGCUUCCUGCUGCUCUUCUCCCUGACUCUGUGUUUCUUAUGUUCAUUAACUUUCAUUGGAGCACCCUCUGAUUGGUCCUGCAUGCUGCGCCACACAGCAUUUGGGAUCACCUUUGUCCUCUGUAUCUCUUGUGUUCUUGGAAAAACUAUGGUGGUGCUAAUGGCCUUCAGAUCUACACUCCCAGGUAGUAAUGUCAUGAAAUGGUUUGGUCCUCCACAGCAAAGAAUGACUGUGGUGUCUUUCACAUUUAUUCAAGUUUUGAUAUGUGCUAUUUGGUUGGGUCUUAGUCCCCCCUUUCCAAUGAAAAACCUGACUAUAUAUAAGGAGAGAAUCAUCCUGGAGUGUGCAUUAGGCUCAGCUGUUGGAUUUUGGGUUGUUCUUGGGUACAUAGGCCUACUGGCUGUCUUUUGCUUUGUGUUAGCUGUCCUAGCAAGGAAACUACCUGAUCAUUUUAACGAAGCCAAGUUGAUCACCUUCAGCAUGCUGGUAUUCUGUGCAGUCUGGAUCACCUUUAUCCCAGCAUAUGUCAGCUCUCCUGGAAAAUUUACUGUGGCUGUGGAGAUAUUUGCCAUUCUGGCCUCCAGUUUUGGAAUGAUACUGUGUAUAUUUGCUCCAAAGUGUUACAUCAUAUUGUUUAAGCCAGAGAAGAACACCAAGAAACAUUUAAUGAACAAAAAUUAAUCCUUAGACAUCUGAGGUUUGGAA